AUGUAUUUACUUGAAGGAGAUUUCUUCUCCGAUGACACUGAGGAAGAGCGCGAGCAGCUCAAUCCGACGCAGAUUCCCGCACCAGUUCGAUCUAUAUCCCCGAGAAAGAGACGCCAUCUCUGUGCAGAUUUGGCGGUCGUACUGAGCAUGUUGGAUUUGCAUAGACUCGAUUGUCUUGAUAUGAACUUGUUGAAUCAGGGCCGUUCGGUUUUCCUUGAUGAUUUAACGACCGGACUUCGUGUUGGGAAAUUCCACCUCAAUCAUAUCAAGAGUAGAGCCAUCGGAAAGUACUACUGGCCCACGCGAUAUGUGGAUAUUGAGCAUUACUGCCGCAGUUGUGUGCCGUGCCAGCUUGUGGGACCGAAACUCCCGAAGGAACCAGCACAUUCGAUUGCAGUUUUGGAUCCGAUGGCGAUGUUCGGAAUUGAUUACAUUGGCCCGUUCAACCCGCCGUCCUCCCGGGGACACCGGUAUAUUUUGAUCGGUGUGGACUACAUGUCUCGAUUCGCCUGGGGAAUCCCAACAACGGAAGCAAAGGCCACGAAUGGAAAAAGCUGGAGUGAUCACAGAUGCGUUUCACCCUGGUCUGCCAGGACGAAAUUUGUUCGAAAAGCGGACAAGAAAAGACUCCGAAUGGUACAUCAGUACAUGCCUAUCCACCACAUCUUCAUCUUUCCGAGUGUCCAGACUCGUCCUCGUGCCUACUGCCCGGUUUCGCAUCUGAAAUAA